UUCAGGGCAUUCCUGUGAAGACAUUUUGAAGAAAAAGGUGCUGAAACGUUCGGGAAGCUACAAGCUUACAGCGAACAAUUUGAUAUAUGCUGUUUAUUGUGAUAUCACGGUAAGUCUUAAGGGAUGGACUCUUAUAGCUCGAUUCUCUAACAGUGACAACAAGAACUGGAUGCGUAACGAUGGCAACUGGUGGUAUGAGCAGAAAGCUGCUAUUGGAGCGACAAACAACCCCUCAGUAAACAAUGAUAUGAUCUCAACAGCCUUCUGGUCCGUCAGCGGCAAAGAAAUAAAGAUCACGCGCAGUGACGACUCCAGUCACACUCCUCUGUUACAGACCACAGGUAACUGUUUGGGAGGACAAACAUUGCGAUCGAAAAUCACAAGUUAUGGCGACUUUAGAAAUGGUAAAGUCUGGGCCAGUGAUCGAUGUCUAGGAAGUUGUACGGUUCAAUAUGGCAGACAGUACAAGUCAACAGACGGGUUUCAACAGGCUGAGUGCGGUGGAAGCAUUCAAAGCGCUGACAAGAUCGGCUUCUGGUGUGACUCGGGUAGUGGUGAUGGAUCAGUGAUGAUGAUUGGUGGAGGAGGAAGCUGUGCACGUGCAGAUCAUGGGAUUGGAGUCACAGAAACUAACGAUGCUUCUUUUGUUGACCUCGGAGCCAGCGAGACUGAAUAUGACUUUGGUUAUGAUGCUGUCACAGGAAACGUUCCAUCCCAGUUAUACUCAUUGAACUUAUGGAUCCGUUAAAAAUAAUUAGGCCAUUAUUUUUUAAACUUAGUUUAGAACUAAAGAACUUUGUAGAGGGUGAUUCAAGUUAAAUGAGCAUUUAAAAUUGGUCAGUAAUAGCGAACCUUUUCCUCUCAUAGCAAAGAUAAAAUAGCUGGACCAUCACGCUAGCCGCAACGCUAAGAUCCUUAAACAUCUUUAAAUUUUCACUGAAAACAAAUUAAUUCCCUUUAAAUUCGCA